UCCAUGCUGCUGAUGACUUCGCAACAAGUCCCAUGGUUGAAGACGCGAGACGUGGAUGGGAAUAUCUGUGGCAACCUGUUGAUAACGGAGUUAUGACAAUGGAUAACUUAGUAGGAGUACUAUGACAAAAGUGACAAUCGACACAUUGAAAGAACAUCUUGUUCCUGCCGACGGCGAAGACGGCGUAAUACGCUACUGCAUUCCCACGCGUCAAACUUUUAGGAUACCGGUAACAAACUUGCAAACCUUUAUCUAGGAACGUUUUGGUAGCCGACAAAAGCGACACGUUUCUGUGUAAAUGAGAAACAAAUGAUAGAAAUGGCACAGCGCGGGGAAACAAUAUGUUACAAAGCAAAGACCAUCGUUAUGCAUUAUUUUAAUUUUAUUUUUGACUUACAGGUAGCAUGUACAUUAUGAGACACAACAGGUGUUGUCAGUUGUAACGCGCAGACUUUGAUUAAAAUACAAGAACAAGUCACUUGGUCGGUAGCUAACGUUAACCAUCCACCAAGAAGAAGCCUAUGUGAAAUGGUCUCCACUUGCUUUACAGACCGGGAAGAGAUAACUUGAGAACAAUUCAAUAAAAGGUUCAGUUCACAAUGAAAAUGCUGAGAUUACUUUGCGUUGUUGUUGGUUUGUGGAGGACAUGCCUGACGAACAGAAACUGCCCGGACCUCUUCAUUGACAGCUGUCAUUGUACCUCUGAGAGGUCCAAGGAAUUGAGCAGACAAAAUGUCUGGGUGAAGGUGGUGUGUGAUGAUGUGGAAUUAAUGGACACUCUACAACCCAGUUUCUUACCCAACAAAACAGUUUCCCUGAUCCUCAGUAACAACAAGAUCUCACUGCUGAAAAAUGCCUCCUUCUUUGGCCUGACAGUCCUGGAGAAACUGGACCUGAGGAAUAAUUUAAUUAGCACGGUGGAGCACGGGGCCUUCCGUGGACUGGUGGCUCUGAGGAGACUGGAUCUCUCCAACAAUCGGAUUGGCUGCCUCUCUCCUGAAAUGUUUGUAGACCUUGGCAAUCUUUCUAAAUUGAAUCUAUCUGGAAAUAUUUUCUCUUCGUUGCCAGUGGGACUAUUCACACACCUCCUGUCUCUCAAAGUCCUGCACUUCUCUACAGAGUCUCUGUUCUGUGACUGUCAGCUGGAGUGGCUGCUGGUAUGGGCCAGGGCGAACGGUGUGCGCCUGGGCAACGACACCCUGUGUGUGUACCCCACACACCUCCACGGCCUGGAGGUCCGCAACCUGAGGGAGACACAGCUCAGAUGUGAUGGGCCUCUGGAGCUGCCCUUGUUCCAGCUGAUCCCGUCCCAGAGACAGGUGGUGUUCCGUGGGGACCGGCUACCUCUGCAGUGCACCGUGUCAUACCUGGAUCCUUCUGUCAAGCUGCGCUGGCGCCACAAUGGCCGCGCCAUCCACAGCAACGAGGGCAGGGGUGUCUAUGUGGAGGAAACCCUGGUCCACGACUGCUGCCUGCUAACCAGUGAAGUCAUCCUCUCCAACAUCGACCACAGCCUGUCUGGCAACUGGGAGUGCCAGGUGACCAGUUCCCGUGGCAACAGGUCCAGAGAGAUGGAGAUCGUUGUGUUGGAGACGUCAGCGCCCUACUGCUCAGCAGACAGGGUCAGCGGCAACAAGGGAGACUUCAGGUGGCCAAAGACCCUGGCAGGGUUCUUGGCCUUCCUGCCCUGUGCUCCAUCCACAUUUGGCUCUGCCCCCCACCCUUCUGGUGCCUCUUCACACCACCCCACUCAGAGGGAGAAGAAGGCCUGGCGACGCUGUGACCCGGUAGGCCAGUGGGCAGAGGACGACUAUACCCAGUGCCCGUAUGCCAGCGAGGUGACCCGUGUACUGCAUGAGCUCACCCAGAUGACCAUCAACACCAGUAAUGCCCAGCCGUUAGCCCAGCAGCUGGUAGCCUUCACCAGCAGGGCAGGGGACUUCAGCGAUGUGAUGGAUGUCAUCUUUGUCACACACCUGGUGGAGAGGCUGACUCGCCUAGUGGACCAGCGCAGAGACCUAGGGGACUAUAUCUCUGACAUAGCCAGUAACAUGAUGCUGGUGGAGGAACACAUCCUGUGGAUGGCUCAGAACGAGGCCAGGGCGUGUACUCGCAUCGUCCAGUGUGUGGAACGCAUCGCCGACCUGGCUCUCACCAUAGACACGCAGGUCAUAUCAAAGGUGUCUCCUAACAUAGCCCUGGAGGCCUUUCUGAUCAGACCGUCUAACUUCCAGGGUCUUUCGUGUACGGCAGGACAGAGAGCCCCCCUUCCACCCCUCUCUACUCAGAGGGCCGAUGGGGACCAGGAUGCCAUCGGGGACCUGCUGCUCAACUUCAAAUGUCACCCAAUCAACGGCAGCGGCUCCCCCGCCAGCCGACUCCUCAAGAACUCCGUGGCAGUCGCCGCAAUCCAUUUACCGCUGGCUGGUACGCCUAACCCCUCUGCGUUGCAAUCUGUUGAUAACUCGACUUGCAAGCUGCAGUUUAUUGUCUUUCGAAAUGGGAAACUCUUUCCUUGCACAGGAAAUUCGUCAAACCUUGCAGAUGAUGGAAAACGUAGGAGCGUUUCGACACCAGUUGCUUUCACCAAAUUAGAUGGGUGCAGCAUCGGGAGCGCCGUGCACUCGGUUACCAUUGCUCUCAGGCACUUCGCGCUGGGUGUAGACCCAACUGCAGCCUAUUGGGAUUUUGACCUGCUAGAUGGGCACGGUGGCUGGCGGGCAGAGGGGUGCCACAUAACAGGCUCCACGGGCAACACGACCACCAUUCAUUGCACUCAUCACAAUAACUUUGCGGUGCUAAUGGAUCUGAAGAAGGUGCUGUCUUUCCCCCCGUACCCUGGGGAGUUUCUGCACCCGGUCGUGUAUGCCUGUACGGCCGUCAUGUUGCUCUGCCUCUUCGCCUCCAUCAUCACUUAUAUCGUGCACCACAGCACAAUCCGCAUCAGUCGGAAGGGAUGGCACAUGCUCCUCAACUUCUGUUUCCACACAGCUCUGACCUUCACUGUGUUUGCCGGAGGCAUCAAUCGAAUCAAAUACCCCAUCAUCUGUCAAGCAGUUGGCGUGGUGUUACACUACUCGUCCCUAUCCACCAUGCUGUGGCUGGGGGUGAUGGCCCGGAACAUUUACAAGCAGGUGACCAAAAAGCCCCUUCAACACCAGGACAGUGACCCGCCUGCUCACCCCAAACAGCCCAUGUUGAGGUUUUAUUUAGUCAGUGGCGGAGUGCCCUUCAUCAUCUGUGGAAUCACAGCAGGCGUCAAUAUUGACAACUAUGGCAGUGGGGAGACGUCACCCUACUGCUGGAUGGUGUGGGAGUCCAGCCUGGGAGCCUUCUAUGGCCCUGUGGCCUUCAUCGUCCUGGUCACCUGCGUCUACUUCCUGUGUACCUUCAUCCAGCUGAGGCGCCACCCAGAGAGGAAGUACGAACUGAAAGCCCUGACUCAGGAGCAGCAGAGACUGGCGUCUGUCACGGGCAUGGGCGGGCACUGCCACCAGGGAGGGGGAGGAGAGCCCGGAGCACUGCCACCACCGCCCAACAGAGGGCAGUGCCACGCAGGCUGCCACUCAGCCAUUGCCAUCAACCCCUCUCUGCUGGCCAACGAGCAUUCGUUCAAGGCCCAGCUGAGGACAGCAGCCUUCACCCUCUUCUUGUUCGUGGCCACGUGGGCCUUCGGGGCGCUGGCUGUGUCGCAGGGCCACUUCCUGGACAUGAUCUUCAGCUGCCUGUACGGUGCCUUCUCCGUCACGCUGGGCCUUUUCGUGCUCAUCCACCACUGUGCAAAGCGGGACGACGUGUGGCAUUGCUGGUGCGCCUGCUGCCCUGGGAGACGCACCAACCACGGUUGCCACGGUCAUGGUCACUUGUGUCCAAAGGUUAAUGUCAAUGGGGAUACAAUAGGGCAUGGGCACGGGCACUGCCACCUGGAUUCACCGUGCCCGGGUAAGGCCCUGUUGGGAGGACAUGCCCAAAGUGGCACCUUGGGUCACUGUAAGCAUGGCAGCCUGACGCCGGCACAGAACCAUGUGACAUGCCUGUCCCCCGUGGCACCCUGCUGCACCGCCCUGCACAGCCAGCAGCUGAUGGAGGAGCCUACGGCGCAUGUGCUCCUGCACACUGACCCAGAGGGCUACCAGCCAGGCAUCCACCUGCAUCGUUGCCUGAAGGGCAGCACUAGAACUAAGCCUCGCCACUUUAGCCGCCACCGGCAGGCUGGCACAGGAGGGGUGGCAGAGAGGGAGUACGCCUACCACAUCCCCUCUAGCGUAGACGGAGGCUCUAUCCACAGCUCCCACACAGACAGCCCUCACAGCACGCAUGAGCGCCUCGGACACAUCUGCCACCUGGCUGCUUCCCCCCACACGUGCCAUGCGUCCGCAGCGGCAGUGGCUCACGAGGCGGCGCUGGCGUGCCACGCCCCAUGCCACCGGCACGUGCCUUGCUGUGCCAAGGCGGACCUGUUCCCCACUCUGUGCCAGGCGGAGGCUGGCGACACGGGCACCUUUCUGUGCGGCUGUGGCAAAAAAGCCAAUGAGGAGGACCUGAUCGUGCCCCAUCACCACCUGGAGAUGCACCCACGCAGACAAUCCUACCCCCAGAACCCACCGCCCAAUCAGAAUGGAAUCCUUAAAGGCGGCCUGCACGAGGGUUUUGUGUACGCAUCAGACAGCACAGGGAAUAUACGCACGGGACCCUGGAGAAAUGAAACUACUGUGUAGUCUAAAUACCUGGGGAAGAGAGAGACAGCCCCAGCCUCCCUUCUAUCCCUCCCUCUAAACCUCACCACCUUUUUAGGAACUACAACAAAUAAUAAUGAAUAACUCUAUCCCAUCACGACUUGUGUGUUUAAAAAAAAAAACGUUCAUUCUUUGUUUUGUUUUCAUGCGUUCUCGACAUCGUCGUAUAAGCCCCCCAACGAGCAGCCAUACACAGAAACGGUUUUUCUCUCCUUAAUUAAAGGAAUGUGAGUCCCACACCAGGGGAUGCUCCACUUUUUGUUGAAGGUAUGUUUACUACUAUAGUAAGGUAUAUUAUCAUUACAUAUCUUAACAAUACGGAUGUGUGUGAACAGAACACGCGCGUUUAUUCCUCGCUCAAAGCAAAUGCUCCACGCGAUUACUUUCUCUUUUGUGAGUCACUAAAUCCGUCGGCUACUCUCUGAUGUGUACCUUCAGUGCUUCAAGAAGCUCAGUACUAGUGUUUUAGGCAAACACACCAGCAAUUGAGAGUCAUUAGUAUUUUUACCAUUUUGAACAACAAGCAUACUUACUAUAAUAUACUGUGAUUAUCAGCUAAACAUUUCUUAGUAAUAUACAGAGAUAUCUGCUCUCGUCAGAGUUCUGUGGAUGCCGAUAUGUUGUGUUUUUUUUUUUUUUAAUAACAACCCCCCAAAAAAACAGAAACCACAUGAAGUAUUCUGUCACAGGUUGAUAUUGAAUGUUCUUGUCUGUAUGAUGUCUUACUGUUGUGUUUUUUGGAGAGAAGUAUACAACAACAACAACAAUCACAUUGUCAUUGUGUAUAUUUGCAGUGUUGGAGCAAUAGUGCCAUUCUUGUCAUUGUAUACCAUGACCGAGCCAACAGGUGUAGGUUAAAGUUGCCCCCAAACACUGAUCUUUGGUCAGUUUUGCAUUUUCCCCACUAAAGGUUAGGAUUGUGGGAGGGCAAGCUGAGCCUAGAUCUCUAACUAGGAGAAACUUUGCCCCGGUGCCAAGCAUCAGCAUUGCCAUCGUCUAAAUAACCCAAGCCGACAUCUCCCAUUUCUGGUAAGGAUCCACAAAAUGGUGGGAGGUCAUAUCAGAGAUCAAUGCUAAAGCGCAAACCAUUUAUUUUUCUAGGCAACAGAGCAUGCAGGCCUUGUAUGUAGCUAUGUGCUGUGUGUUUUUGCCUUGUAUUUCAAUGCACAUUAAUGAAAAACGCCAUCUCUGUUUGUCUAUGGAGCUGAUCGAGCUAUAACAUGCCGGAAAAACAAACAAUAUUUUUUUACACGGUUUUAGUAUCCAUUAUUGUGGAUAGUCCUGAAACCAUGUUCUGUUGAGGGGACAGAGGACAGGGCUGAGUUUCAGUGUUGCUAUUAUUGUCACCGAGUUGGUCAUUGUCAUGUUGAAGUGUUGUCCGUUGGCUGAGAACAUGCAGGAAGUUAAUUGAGUUUAAUAUUUAUUAGUGGUAUUAUGUACCGUGGCCCUAAGGAGCAAAAUUAACUUUAAUCUACUUUGCCCCUUAGGGCCACCGUAGUUAUGGUAUGGAAACCAGUCAUUCCCUAGUGAGAGAGAAGAGACCAGGUUAAGAGAGAAACAAUCAAUACCUACAAGAAUACAGCAACUCCUGCCUGGCCAAAACACCUUGGCAUGUCACACCAUCCAUCCAUCUUGUGCACUCUUGUCUAUGUACAUAGAAUGAAUUCCGAGGAAUUAUUUUAUAAAAGAUUUACGAUAUUUAACAGUAAAUAAAUCUAUAUGUGAAGAAAAUGUAUGGGAAAGACUGACCUCAAUGUUAAUGCUCAGUAUCUGAGUUUAGAAAAUGUGAUUUGUUUUUUUGGUUGUUUUUUUCUUUUUUUCUCUGAUCUUUCAUAAGGUAUGCAAACUGGCUAUAUGUUUUGCUAUAUUUGACACACAAAUGCACCAACAGCUAAGGGAUACCAGGACUUGGUGUCACACAUGUCGACUGUGUUUGAAUCGUGAAUUGAAUUUCAAAGUGUGUCUCCUCAACAAGUGACUUGAUUCCAGAAAGCAAGGUUUGAAUAUGAAAUAUUUGAGCAUUUCUGAAAAGAGAGCAUUCUCAGAGAUACAUGCAUGAAAGUAAUGAGCCCCCAUGAGACUUCCAAGACGACGUCAGAUGAAGCUCGACGUCAUAGCUACGUUGUCUGGAUCAAUUAGCUUUGUAACAGCUUCACUAAAAACACCUAACAUCCUUGGGAUCUCCUUUUUAAAAUCAUCCUGCAUUAAACAUGUCUAUGCGAGAGUA